AUGGCCACGGACAACAAGUACGACCGCCAGCUGAGGCUGUGGGGCGGGAGCGGCCAGAAGGCGCUGAUGGAGGCCAACAUCCUUCUCGUGAACGCCGGCGCAACCGGCACGGAGACCCUGAAGAACCUCGUCUUGCCAGGGGUCGGGCAAUUCACCAUCCUUGACGCUGAGGAGGUGCGGCAGUUGGACCAGGGCAGCAAUUUCUUCGUCGGACCAGAGCACGUCGGCCUUCCAAGGGCAAAGGUCACAGCCGAGCUGCUCUGCGAGAUGAACCCUGACGUGAAGGGGGGGUAUGUUCAAGAGGACCCGGACUCGCAGAUGAACAAGGCUGACACACUCUUGACACACCCUAUUGGCACGCCCAACUCCAUGAUUCCAUCCUUCCAUCAUCUGAAGGCGUUGCGAGGGCACUGCGUGGUGGAGAGCAAGCCAGAGGGAAACAAGCCGGACUUGAGGAUCUCACAGCCGUGGCCGGAGCUGCUUGAGUACUGCCAGUCCAUCGAUUUCGACACACAGGAAGGUGCCCUGGCGGCAUGGGAGAGGGACGCGAAGCCACAGCUUGUUGUAACAGCGGCGUAA